AUGCCUUUCUUCACCGCAGCCACCGCAUCUCUCCUAUACAGCAAAGCGCUACGCCGUCACCGGCAACAACAGCGCCAGAGGCUUCUCGUCUGGCUGGAGAACGUGUCGCCAGCGUUGCCGCCCAGCACGCCGGGCCUCGAAGCCGCCAUUCUGGGCCUUGUGGCCUACUACACCGUCAAGUGGAGAGUGAGGGAGACUUUUGGUUGA